CACCCGUCACGGCAGAGCAGCCUCCGUCAGAGUGUGAACCAACGAGCCACGGGCAGGGGGACUAACAGAGAGGGACGGCAGCAGGGUGAUACAAAGAGUGUCAGAGAAGAGGGGGGGAAACAAGAGGUGAGGAGCCGCGGAGCAAAAACACAGACAUCGCUGUCCGGGAGACUCUGACGUCUCCCCUCAUGCGCCUGCUUCAGCGUGUGUGAGCGCAAGAAGAGCGGAGAGGGAGGGGAGGAGGAGAAUAAAUCCUGGGAGCUUGCGUCCUCUCUUUGCUUUCUAUCACCUCUUUUUUUUUUUUUCCUUCUUUAUCUCCAUCAUCCACGGCAUGAAGGCGGGUGUCUGCUUGCACGGCAGAAUAAAAGAAGGGGAUGCUCUGAACGCUGCCUCUCUUUCGACAAGGGACAAGGAGGAGGAAGGGGGGGACAGCAGCACACGACAGGGACACAAACUGGAUUUCUAGAAUGAAUGGGAGUCCUUCUGCCGACUGCACUGGGAAUAGCAGCCUCACACUGGAGUCUCUGAACGAGGGGCCAAGCCUGAGGAAGUGAAACUUGUUGGGAGAGUUGGAAUGCCACCAGCGUCACUGUAUCUGCGUUUUUGACCACCUUGAGCUGCACGUGUCUCCGCUCUCCAGACGGGUGCCAAAGAGUUGUGACUGUAUACGACAACACAGACGCAAAAGGGAAAAAGGAAUACACUGGAGGCGGGGCCUGCGCUUGCUGCAGACGAGCAGAGGACUGCUUGUCUAGACCUGAGGUUACCUGUCAGGAAGACGUACAGGAAAUGGCCGGCUGACAUGGAGGACGCCACUGCCACGACACUUGUCCAGUUCAUAGUGUGGCCUUCCGUGCUGCGCAUCAGUGGCACCAGUGGUGCCAUGAUCCAGUUAUAACUGUGGGUAAUGCCGAGCCAAAUAACCAAUCCUGGAGAUGCCGAAGAGAAGAGAUAUUCUUGCCAUCGUGUUGAUCGUUUUACCCUGGACUCUGCUCAUCACUGUUUGGCACCAAAGCGCUAUUGGUCCACUCCUCGCCAUCCGCAAGGCCUGUCACCACCUAGUAAAAGAGAUCUUUAUCAUUCCAGAGAGGCUUGCAGUCCGCCACCACCGGCUCUCAGAUGAUGGAGUCGAGGGGAAGAGGGAGGCAGGUGGCCAGGGGCAGGACUCCAAAGAAUACUGUGCCUCAGAUAAGGACAUAGUGGAGGUGGUGAGGACAGAAUAUGUGUAUACACGGCCUCCACCUUGGUCCGAUGUGCUGCCUACUAUCCACAUCAUCACCCCUACAUACAGUCGGCCGGUGCAGAAAGCGGAGCUGACGCGGCUGGCGAACACCUUCCUCCAUGUUCCCAACCUGCACUGGAUCCUGGUUGAGGACUCGCAAAGGAGAACAACUCUUGUUACGAGGCUCCUUCGAGAAACAGGGCUGAACUACACCCACCUCAAUGUAGAGACGCCCAGGAACUAUAAGCUGCGGGGUGACACCCGGGAUCCCAGAAUACCGCGAGGAACCAUGCAAAGGAAUCUGGCCCUGCGGUGGUUGAGGGAGACAUUUAAUGCCAACAGUAGUCAAGCUGGAAUCGUCUACUUUGCUGAUGACGACAACACAUACAGCCUGGAGCUUUUUGAGGAGAUGAGAUCGACUCGGAAAGUUUCGGUGUGGCCUGUGGCCUUUGUGGGCGGCUUGCGGUACGAGUCCCCCAAGGUCAAUGCAGCUGGAAAGGUCUAUGGCUGGAAGACAGUGUUUGACCCCCAUCGGCCCUUUGCCAUCGACAUGGCCGGCUUUGCCAUCAACCUGAGACUCAUCCUCUUCAAGCCACAGGCAUAUUUUAAGCUUCGUGGGGUGAAGGGAGGCUACCAGGAGAGUAGUUUGCUCCGGGAGCUAGUCACACUCAACGACCUGGAGCCUAAAGCAGCUAAUUGCACUAAGAUACUUGUUUGGCACACGAGAACGGAGAAACCUGUCCUAGUGAACGAGGGGAAAAAAGGAUUCACAGACCCCAAUGUGGAGAUCUGACUGUUUUCCCUCAGUAAACCACGGUGGCUGGCCUUGGACUUACAGCGAAAGGAAACGUCAGAGUCUCUUGAUAAGUGCAACCAGUGUUCACCUCUUAAUCACCAGAAAAUUAAAGGAAGUGGGAGCCUUUGAAGGGGGAUUUAAUCCUCUUUACUGAGACAUUCUUGAGAAUAAGGACUAAAUCAGUAAAAAUGUAUCAUAUCAAAGCACAGAUGAGUAAGAGGUGUCGGAUAUUUGUCAGGACUGAAGUGCAGUGGACGUAAAGAGGACGCCUCACGGGGGAUGGCGUGGACAGUCUUGACCUGCACCUUACGCUGAGGACAACCUAACAAAUGAGGCAGCACAACAUGAAAAGAGAACCAGCGGAUUCGAUCAAACAAACAGGUUAAAGAAAAUCCUUCACCUCAUUUAAAGAAGACACUAAGAAAAUAAAACACGUAUUGUCUGGAUCUGCACAUGGUACAGAAGAGAAAAUCCUCUUGUAUGUACAGACCUGGCCGACAUCAUCAGUCUGGAUAAAAACUCACCUCCAAAGACAAAUGUGUCUCAGGUGGAUUUUCCUUUGAGCAAAUACAAACAUGUAAAGGGAAGGAAUGUUCUUUUGAUAAAUAAGAAAUGUUUGCUUUAAUUUAAUCUAAUUUAAUUGGACUGGGUGUUGACCCAACACUUGACUUACUGGCUAGUUCAAUACUACUGACUCUUACCGACAUUUACUCUUGUGUUGUCAUUGUUCAUUUUAUAGUGUCAUUAAAACUCAUGCAUUUAAGCCACCCGUACACUUGAAGAGAGACUGAGACAGAAACGUCAAACAAUCCUAACAUCCAAGACCAAUAAUACAAAGACAAUGUUCCUUUUGAAUGACGGCAUAUUACGGCCAUUGUAAGUAAAAAGAAAAAAACAAGACAAAGCCAGGGGAGGGGUAAUUUUAGGUGAUAAACACUUCCGUCCCUAAAGUAAAAAUGUACCAUAACAUUAAGAUAUACUUCAAUCCAUUAAUUUAAAAAAAAAAAAAAUAGUGUCAACCCUAACCCUUAUGUCGAGGAACGGCCUGCAAAGUAGCAAUAUGAAUUCCUCUUGAUAUUAAUCCAUGAUGUGUUACGUUUGGUUGAAUCUGCCAGGCUGUAAAGAGGGAAAGGGCCGAAGAAGGCUGAGCUGUGAGCUGGGGAUCAGACUGACGAGACAGGGGGUUGAGUGAAGCUGGACAGUGUCCUGAAGUGUCCUGAGGCUCAUGUACAACAUCCACCAAGUUUAUCCAAAAAAUGGUGAUUUUUGUUGUCAUUUUCCAACUUUACUGUCGGAUUUCUUUUUCACAAUAUCCCCUCUGCCUCCCUUGGCUCUGUAAUUGAUCUCAAUUCAUUUAAUCUUUUGCCAUUUUUAACAAUGGCCUUGGCGCUGUUGUACCUUUGCGGCAACAUGUGUAAAUACUCAUUUAAAAGGAGAACAAUCGCAGGAUUAAGGACAAAUUUUGGCCGAACCAUUGUAGUCUAUUUAUAUGUUAAGAAAAGAAUGCGAAAAAAGUCUCUCCUCUCUCCCCCCAACUGAAUUUCUCACAAUGAUGCACGACGAGGCACAGUUUCACUCUAGGUUCAAUGCAUGGGAAGAGUAAUAGCACAUCACCUCUUUCAUUUGGUAAUAGAAGCUCCAGGUUGUGACACAUUCAUAAAGCAUAGACAAGAUCAUCCAAUCAGCUAAACCAGAGGCUCGUGGAACGUUGACCUGAUCCUCAUGUUAUCUCUAGCAUUCAGUGUCAUUUGUAAUAUUGUGGGGACCCAGUGUGUCCUUUUAGUGAGUUAGUGUUUCUCCUCGUCUAUGCACGUUCGCAUAAGUACACGAGCCACACGUUAACAAGGGUCAACAAGGGUCAGCCACAAAAGAAUUAGAAAGUGCAGGAGCAUCAAAGCUCCAACAAAAUGGUUUCACCCAGUUUUGUCAGUCCCCCUCCUCUCGGAAAAAUACACUUAGAACUGUACGUGUAGUCACUCAGGAGCAGCUGGUUUAAGUUGCUGAUAACUGAUAUCAAUUAUUUAUGCAUGGCCCCCAGAAUAUUUAGUUUUUUAUAAAAACUUGAAAUGAUAGAUGCUUCUCUGAAUUGACCGCAGGAAAAUUAAAGCACAACUAAAAUAGGAAUCAUAUUUUUCCCUUAACGAUUUGCCAUCUUCAGUAUUAUGGAGCGUUAUCUCCUGGUUUCUUUUUGCGUUAGCAUACAUCUUUAGCUGCAUUAACUGGAUCACUGGAACUUGCCGCAGCACUAACGAUCAACAGCAUGAUGCCGUACACGCCCGAGUACUGUAACAAAGUUAUUCUACACCUCUAAAAAAUAGAAAUCUCUCCUCUACUUGAUAAGUCGUGCGAAUGGUGCAAUACACGAUGCACAGCGGCUCUUAUCUAACGUUGCCUGGCAGAAGUAUCGAGAGAUAAUUCAAACGCUGAGCCUCUACUGGUGCCAGAUUAUCUCUGUGUACCCCUCACCCACCCAACCCUCACUUCCCCCUCUUUGACACACACACACACACAAACUCACACACACUGCUGCGGCAUAAAAACGUACAAAGGCGCUAACAGCCUCUUGGGCUCAUCAGCCGGAGAAAACGUGUUGUUACAUAUUUCACUCGGAAUACAAUAACAAACACAUCUAGACAAUGGCUGCAUGUUAUGUCUAUCAUCAAACUGGCGGUUUUCAUUGACUGCAUGAUAUUACACUGCGCAGAGUUCUAUUCUUCAACCCAACUCCCGUUAUUUAUUAAAGAUCAAAUUUUAUAUAUUUAUGUAUUUAUUUCAAAGGUGGACGUGCAAUUUAAGACAAGCAGUGUUUGCCCUUAUUUUCCAGCUUCUCGCUACAAAAGCAUGUGCACCUUCAUUAUACUGUUCAAAUCAAUUAUCACAUAGAUCAGUAAAAGGUUAGCACCAGCAACAGGCAGAUACACACACACAGACACACCAUUAUAGUACUGCUGUAGAUCCAAGUUCUGGUCGAGUGGAUAUAAUCUUCUUUUAAUCUAAAUUAAUGAUGAAUCCACCUAAACCUUUCUUCACCCUUAAACAAUUUUAUAGAUGCAGUCUGUUAGGGAAAAUUAUCAAUGUGCAAAGAACUAACUGUAUCAUUUACUUUAAAGUCAAACUAAAUCCCCGCUCUCCUAUGUUCCUGAGUGUUGCUUUGCAGGUAAACAAACAUCAUGCAGUUUACAGAUGAACAUUGGUUAAAUCACAUUCAGAGAGUUUCUCUGGUAUAUCCCAAAGGAGAACAUCAAGUUGGGGCUCAACCUUGAGGGUGAUGCUGUUACGUUGCAAUUUGAAUAUCAAGCAAUAUCUAAUGUCUAAUUUGUUUAGUAGAACCAUCCUUCCUAUACAUCAGCAGUGCAUUUUUAUCCAAUAUUCAAUGUCAGUUAAUGACCAUUACCCUCCGAGGGCUUCUCUAAGGCACAAUACACUUGACACUCACACACAAGUCCUCUCUUCUUUCCGCAUCCCCACUGUCAUCUUCCAGCCUCAUGUGAUUCACAUUUUAUGCAUGUGACUGUUAAGGUUGUUUAUUUGCCACAUCAGUUCUGUCUCAGAGAAAGAUGUUAGUUGAAUCAAGAGAAAUAAACAACUGAGAUAAAAACAACCUCACACGGUCCAGACUUUUCUGUCCAGUUGAGGUAUAUACACUUUGUGUUGUAUGAUGUAUGUCUGCAAACUGAGAUCUGACACAUUUGGCCUGUGGAGAGCCAAGUGUCUCAAACAAAUGCAUGAUGCACACUGUUUUUGCAAAAACAUAAAAUGGGAGACAAAUUGAACAAUUCAACAAAUUUAAUAAAAUAACUCUCAACAAUUAC